AUGAAAACAAAAACUACCACAGAUUCAACAUUUGGAGGAGACCUUCAGUCUAUAGACUUCCAGUCAUUAAACUCAUUAAUCAACACCGUUAGAGAUAUUGAAUUCUCAAAACAUCAGGACACCACCUUCAACACAGAGCAGGCAAGAUCGAUGUUGAACUGUGUAGACCUUUAUCAUUUCUAUGGCAAAGAAGUAUUAAAGGCCUGUGUUAAUGGAUCAGUGCACAACCAAGACAUCAGUGGUGACCCAGAUUACGAGAAAUUGCAGCUGAAGUAUUACAGAGAACCACAGAACAAUGCCUGCGGAUUAGAUAGUAUUCCAACUGAACCAAGCAUCCUGUUUGGAAAUAACACAGUGGAAAGUUAUCUGGAAUUCCACUCUGACCCUUAUGGAAUAGCGGUGAACAAUGGAACUCUUGAGUCGGAUGGUUAUGGUAAUUUACACAAUGAAGAACUGAAGUGCCCCAGGAAGUACUUGUUCCCGGAACUACUUCCAACCGCCAAGUACAAACUCCCGGAGGGGGGAAUCUUUUCCAGAUAUAACAGCAACACCAAAUGGAGUGUCCCAUGUCUUGAAGAUGACAAGUAUGCUGUCUUCAAGUCGUAG